GAAGCAGCAAAGAAGUGGGAGUUGGAGUUCGUUUCUAACGUUUCCGAGUGAAGCGUUAGGAGACUCGAGGCUGCGCAGAAAGCUGCCAGAAGUUAAACUUGAAGGGUAUACAGGAACUUUUACUCCUGUAAUUGGCAGAUGCUCCUGGACCGCCUGCACACCGAGCAGCUGCUGCCAGGCUCCUACAUGCCCUGGGGCUCGAUGCCUGCGCAGGGGCUGGGGGCAAAGUAGCCCUGCAGGGACCCGCACCGGGGCAGCAGGCUGGGCUGCUGCCGGGGAGCCCCGCAGGAGAGCGGGAACCCCGAGUCGGCGUAGGCGCUGCUAAAGCCCUUGACUUAUCCCACCUAAACCCAGCGGCUGGAGGAAACUGCAGGGCCGGAGCGCGCCCAGGGGAAGUAACACCAGGAGAGCUCCGACCCCCCGCCCUAGCAGGAGCCGUGCCCCUCCCGGGGGCGGCCCCUCGGCGGGCACAAAGCCGGGCUCGGCCGAGGUCCGCGGAGCAGUGUGCCGCUGUCCCGGUGGUGCUGCUCAUCCCUUCCUUCCGUCGGGUGCCGCCCCUGCAGUGCCCGCCCUCCAUCGCUCCCUGCCCGCUGCCGUUGGGCGCGGGGCCGGGGCAGCGCCGCGCCAUGGAGGAGGCGGCCGCUGCUGCCGGGGCACCGCCGCCCGCGGCUGCCGCUGCUCCUGCCGCUGCUUCUCCCGCUGCUGGGGCCGAGCCAUCGCCCGGGGCCGCCGCCGUCUCUCGGCGCCGGCUGCUGGUGCGGCUCGGGACCAAGUUCUGCACCUGGUAUGUUUGGAAAACGAUAAUUCUGGGCCAGAUGAUCUCCUUGUUUAUCUGUGGGACUGCUGUUACAAGCCAGUACCUGGCAGAAAAAUAUGAAGUGAACACUCCAAUGCUGCAAAGUUUCAUCAACUAUCUUUUGAUCCUUGUAACUUAUACAACAAUGCUGGCAUUUAGGACUGGCAAUGACAGUCUUUGGCAGAUUUUGAAACAGAAGUGGUGGAAGUAUAUUUUUUUGGCACUGGCUGAUGUUGAAGCCAAUUUUGUGAUGGUAAAAGCCUACCAAUAUACAACCCUCACAAGUGUGCAGCUCCUGGACUGUUUUGGGAUUCCCGUGCUGAUGGCUUUGUCCUGGUUCAUUCUUGGAGCAAGAUACAAGCUGAUACAUUUUAUUGCUGUUGCCAUCUGUUUGCUGGGUGUGGGAACAAUGGUGGGUGCAGACAUUUUGGCAGGAAGGCAGGAAGGUGAAGGUAGUGACGUGGUGAUUGGAGAUGUCUUAGUGCUUCUUGGUGCUUCUUUGUAUGCCAUUUCUAAUGUGAGUGAGGAAUACAUUGUGAAAAAUCUGAGCAGAGUGGAGUUUCUAGGAAUGGUGGGCUUGUUUGGGACUAUUAUCAGCGGUCUACAGCUAGCCCUUGUGGAAAAUAGGCAGAUAAAGGCAAUUCAGUGGAACUGGACAGUUGCACUGCUGUUCUUAGCCUUUGCCCUGUGCAUGUUUGCGCUGUACAGCUUCAUGCCAGUCGUGAUGGAAGUUACCAGCGCAACCUCUGUCAACCUGGGGAUUCUGACUUCAGAUCUCUACAGCCUCUUCUUUGGCCUUUUCCUGUUUUACUACAACUUUUCAGGUCUUUACAUCGUGUCCUUUGUUAUCAUCUUGGUGGGGUUCAUCAUGUACAUCUCCACUCCUACGCAGACGUCCGAGCACACGGUCCUGCCACAGGCCAGCAGCGCCGGCCAGGACAACGCCGCGCUGAAGCUCGACGAGAGCGACGGUGACGCCCCGGCCGUGUCUGUGAAGUUCACCAGGGGAGAAACCGUGGUGGUCAGCACUGAUUAAAGAAAUGGCAGCACUUCAAAACAGAGAAUUUUUUUUUAAUUGCCAAAUUUCCCUCAAACGUUAAUCCAGAGAACUGUCCUGCUGCCAAGGCACAUGUUAUACUAUGCUGGGUUUUGUGCACUUGAUAGACUUUUAAGGCCAGAUCCUCAGUCGGUGAAACUGUAUUGAUUUGCCCUUGCAGAAAAUCUGGGCUUUAGACAAAGACAGAUUAGUAUUUACGUGGAGUCUCUGGAAAGUGAGAGACUGUUAAUUAAGCACUUAAAAUAACUUAACAACAAAUGCUUGGAGAAAAACACUAAGCCAAAGCAAGCUCCCAGGUCACAUCAUGGGGAGCAGAUAUGUUUUAUAUUGCAUUAGAGAUGUAAAUCUGCACGAUGCUGCCUGAGGGCUUCAUGGUUUCCACACCUCUGUGCAGAGUGCCCUCAGAUAGCAUCUUGCAAAAGCUUCUCAUCAUCUCACAGGACCUGGUUCUCCAAGCCAUAGUACAUUUAUACUCCUUCCAGGUGCCACUGGACUUCAUUCUUCUACGGAAGGAUUUGCUGCCUACAUUCCACCCAAUCGUUUGUCUCUUCAUAUUGCUGCACUCCCUGUCACCACUGGGGCUGCUACGUGUAUUUUAUUUUUAAUUUUGUUGGUAUGAAAAGUUUAGAUAUCCGUUUUUACAAUUUCCCCUGUUUCUCCCUGUGGCCUUUUGUUUGGUGCAUUCCUGUUAGCUGUGGGGGAGGCAAGGGCAGGCUCUUCUUCUCUUCAGUAGAACUUAGAGUGUUUUUUAUUUUUCUGGAUGAGAAGGCAAAAAGGUUUGAAUGAAGUUCACUUCUCAGUGAAUUUCUCCCUGAAACAGGACACAUUUCUGCUGAAAGAGUUGUGAUAAAAUUGGUGUUUCUUCAAAAAAUUGAAUCAUCUAAGCCAACUCUCAUGGCAACAAUAAUGAUACAAUAUCCAAAAGGUUAGGUGCUUUCAGUAGAUACACUGGCAAUUUUCCUACCUUUAUAUUUACAUUAAAUGUUUAAAAAAUACAAGUCUGCAGUUUUAAGAUCUGUAAAACUAUACUGGGGUUUUAUUUUAUAUUUUGUACAAGCCUUCAUAUCUCAGGUGUAUGGAGUAAAAAAAGAAUAAAGUAUUCUUUAGCUGGA